AUGGCCACAGCAAUAUUAACAAGCAUUAAAGUGUGUGUGCCAGAAUUUAAACCCGAGGAAUUAUCGGAUACGGGCAAAAACGUAGAUCGACGAUGGAAAGAAUGGCUGGAAAACCUUGAACUAGUGCUAGACUUUGAAGGCGUAACUGACCCUGCGGAGGGAGCAUCGAAAAGGAGGGCAGCACUGCUCACAGUAGGAGGACAAACCCUCAGGGAGAUUUUUUCCACCCUUACAGUCAAGUUCUCACCAAAAAAGAAUUUGACAGCGGAUCGAUACCGAUUUUUUUGCACCAAGCCCACAUCACCAGAGGAAACUCAUGACCACUGGAUAACCAGACUCCGAACAAAAGGUAAAGACUGUGAAUUUGAGAACAUGACAUUAGAUGAAGCAAUUAAGCUAGUGGUCACCCUACACACUCCGUCAGACAAACUCCAACGAGACAUUAUAGCAAAGGAUAUGGAUUUGAAAACACUCAUAGACAGUGCCAGAGCUUUAGAGCUCACACAAAGGGACCACCUGCAAUAA